AUGUCAGGUUAUUAUGGGAGCACUAGACAUCCUCAUAGCGGUGAUGAGUAUGAUGACGACAAUGUACAAGUACCAGCUACUUCCUCUCCCCAAAAAGUGAUUCCUUCCUCUUCUUCUUCCCCAUUAAAAGAUACAGAUAACACCGAUAGUAACACUUCAUUAUUGAGAGCCACUUUCAGUUUUAAACCGAGUAUUAAACACCAUAUGGGAGAUUAUGCCCUUAACAGAACUGCUAGCAGCGUACAAAAUGGUAUGAGCCCAAAGGAUAUGCAGACAAAUUUAGAGAUAUUACAGAAGGAAUACCCUGAAUUUUCCUCCACCUUAAUUCAAGCCGUCUUUAAAUCUAAUUCUUUUGAUUUAGAAUUAUCUAGAGGUAGAUUAACUAGAAUAAAACAACAAAGAAGCACUUGGUCAGGCAAUAGUCAAUUGAAUCGGAGUAACCUUGUAUCCAAUAAAUAUUCAGAAGAUAAUAGUAAUAACACCACUACCAGUAAUAGCAGAAGUCAAAAUGAGAUUACACGUCGUUUUAAUAGUUUAACUUCAAAAGAUUCUACGAAAAUUGUUCUAAAUAAACCAAAAACUUCAAUUUUUGAUAGAUAUUCUAAUGUAAUGAAGUCCAGGAAGUUUUAUAAUGAUUCUUUUAGUUCUAAUUUGACAAAUAUUACAAAAAGAAGGAAAUUAGUUAGAGGAGAUGAGCUUGAAAAUAAAUUUAAUAGUACUAAACAAGUCCACAAUAAAUCAUACUCUAAACCUACCGAAUUAGAUAAUGCUAGAAACAAAUUAUUGAAAACGAAAGCGCAACAAUUAAUGGAGAAAGAAUCAGAUUCAGAUUCCGAUGGUUUAAACCGUGAUGACAUAGCAAGUGACGACGAUUUGGAUGAUGAUGAAGGUACCGACUAUGAAGAUUCAACAACAGGUCCAAUUGAUCUUGAUGAACAAAUUCUACAAUUCUUGAACACUGCGGAUCCAUUAGAUAUUGCAGAUUUAGCUGAUACUACAUUUGACAAAGCUCAAGUGAUUAUUUCUAAAAGACCAUACACAAGCUUAACAAAAUUUAGUAGUAUGGAAUUCUUAACUGAAAAAGAAAUUGAAAAACAAAACAGUUCUGAAAAUUUAACAAAUGGAGAUAAUAAUGGUAGUCGGUUGCGUAGACGUGGAACACCAAAAUCGCUAAGAAAGGAUGGUGAAAAAUUCCUAGAGAAGAUUGGUGAAUCUAUUAAGGGUUAUAAUGCUAUUGAAUCUUUGUUAAAGAGAUGUUCCUCAUAUGGUAACAUGAUCUCAAAUCAAAUUUCUAAAUGGGGGGUUGAUAUAAAUGCCUCUUCCUCCUCCUCUUCAUCAUCUGGUAACAAAAAUCUAGAUGAUGAAGAAAAUGGAUUACAAUUAAUGACUUUAAACAAUGAUGAAGUCGAAGAAGAUGAUAAUAAUAGUGGCAAUAAUAAGAGUGAGUCCGGAGCUAUUGCUGAAGAAUUUGAUGAAGAGGAAGUGAAGAAAGAUAGUUCUCAACAAGAUACCGAACAAGUAGAGAAUGGUACCUCCAUAAAACAAAAAACUAAUAGAAAUUUAAGACCUAAUAUAGAAGAUAAUGAAGUAAUGAAAUCAAAUGAUGACACAGGUAGUGCAGACGAUGAAUAUGUGGAAGAAAUUGACCAUGAAGAUCCUGUAGACUUAGACGAAGAAGAUGAUGAUGACGAUGACGACGAUGAUUUUGUGUUGAAAAGAAGAACUAAAGAGAUCAAGACAGAACAAAACAAAACUAAAAAACUAAUUAAAUUUUUUAGGGGCAAACCAAGGUUAUUAUCACCUGAUCUACAAUUAAAGGAUUAUCAACAAAUGGGUAUCAAUUGGUUAAACCUAUUAUAUCACAAUGGGAUGUCAUGUAUCUUAGCUGAUGAUAUGGGAUUGGGUAAAACAUGCCAAGUGAUUUCCUUUUUAGCAUAUUUGAAGCAAAUCAAUGAACCUGGCCCUCAUUUGAUUAUAGUACCAUCUUCAACUUUAGAGAAUUGGUUAAGAGAAUUCAAGAAAUUUUGCCCAACACUAAAGAUUGAACCAUAUUAUGGAUCACAGAAGGAGAGAGGUGAAUUGCGUGAUAUGUUGGAGAAUGCACAUGAUCAGUAUGAUGUUAUGGUUACUACAUAUAAUUUAGCAGCUGGUAAUAAGUAUGAUGUUGCAUUUCUAAGAAAAUGUGAUUUUAAUGUUAUCGUAUACGAUGAAGGACAUAUGUUAAAGAAUUCAAUGUCAGAAAGAUUCAAUAAAUUGAUGAAGAUUCAUGGUAAUUUUAGAUUACUGUUGACAGGUACGCCACUACAAAACAAUUUAAGAGAAUUAAUAUCUUUAUUAGAGUUUAUUAUGCCUCAUUUAUUUGUAUCAAAGAAGGAGUCAUUACAAACUAUCUUCAAACAAAGAGUUAGAACCACAGACGAUAACAAGGGGCAUAACCCAUUAUUGGUGCAAAAUGCUAUUGAAAGAGCACGUACUAUGAUGAGGCCAUUUAUUCUGAGAAGACGUAAAGACCAAGUAUUAAAACAUUUACCAGCAAAGCAUACUAAAAAUAUAAUGUGUGAAAUGAAUGAAUUGCAAAGAAAGAUAUAUGAUAAAGAAAUCAAAUCAGUGAUGGAACAAAGAAGAGCCAAAUUGGCAAGGGAAAAAGAACAGCUGGAACAAAGUAUUGUUAAGAAGCCAAAUAAGAAUAAGACAAGGAAUAAGAAUAAUGUUUCUAGGAAUUUGAUUAUGAGUCUAAGAAAGGCAUCAAUCCAUCCCUUAUUAUUCAGAAAUAUCUAUACGGAUUCGUUGAUCGAUAAAAUGAGUCAAGAUAUAUUGAAGGAACCUGCAUAUGCAGAAGAUGGGAAUAAAGGGUAUAUAAUGGAGGAUAUGAGUGUGAUGACAGAUUUUGAGUUGCAUAGUUUAUGUUGUAAUUUUCCUAAGACAUUGUCCAAAUACAAAUUAAAAAACAAUGAAUGGAUGGAAUCAGGCAAAAUAACUAAGUUAAAAGAGAUACUAAAGGAUGUGAUUGAUGUCAAAAGAGAGAAGAUAUUAAUAUUUUCAUUAUUCACACAAGUGUUAGAUAUCUUAGAAAUGGUAUUAUCUACAUUAGGGUAUAAAUUUUUAAGAUUGGAUGGAAGUACUCAAGUGAAUGAACGGCAAAGUUUAAUUGAUAGAUUUUAUGAAGAUAGUACAAUUCCAGUGUUUAUUUUGUCCACGAAAGCAGGUGGGUUUGGUAUUAAUCUAGUAUGUGCAAAUAAUGUUGUAAUCUUUGAUCAAUCAUUUAAUCCACAUGAUGAUAGACAAGCAGCAGAUAGAUCCCAUCGUGUCGGACAAACCAAAGAUGUUACUAUAUUCACAUUAAUAACGAAGGAUUCAAUUGAAGAAAAAAUAUACCAGUUAGCUAAAAAUAAGUUAGCAUUAGAUACAAGUGUUAGUGAAGAUGAUAAGAAGGCACAGGAUGCAAUUGAAAAGAAAGUAAGUGAUCUGUUGGAAGAUAUCAUAUACAAGGAAAACGAAUCCUUAGAAAAGAAACCAACAGACAAAUAA